AGAAGCCAUUGAUUAUGUAGCAACUUCAUGGGAUGAAGUGGAUGAAUUAACAAUGGUAAAUUAUUGGAAAAAGACGAGUAUUUUGCUACUAGUGCCGCAUGUUAAUGUUGAACUUGCACAGCAUACAUAUUUAGAAAUAAUUGAAUAUGAGGAAAAUAAAAUAAUUGAUCUAACUGAAAGUGCAGAUCCAACAGUUUCACACAAAAUAGAUUCCUACCGAGAAAUUAAUAAUGCUCAUAUUCCUACAGAAGAAACACUUGAGGAUACCCAAAUUGUCGAAACUGUAUUAGUGAAACAAUUAGAACGUGAACAAUGUGAUUCAGAAGAUUCUGAUGAGGAACUGCCAAAAAUCUCUGCUUCUGAAGGGUUAAAUAGGUUGAAAACUUUUAUUUCAUUUGCAGAACAAAUAAAUAAUGAUUUUUUCUUUAAUAACAAUGACAUAAAAGUAUUUCAAAAAUACUUACAAUUAAUGAAGCGAAAAACUACCAAAUCUAUGAAACAAAAAUCUAUUGUAGAUUUUCUUAAUCAGGAAAAUCAAGCUAUUAAUGAUGAAUAUCUUGAUAAUAAUUUCUCUGGCAGUGGUAAUAAUGAUUUCUCUGAUUAUGGUAAUGAUGAUGAGUUUUAUGAUAUUUAUUCUAGUGACAGCCUUCCUGAUUAUAACGGUCUUCCUGAUUAUGAUUUUCCUGAUUAUGAUAACUACAACAGUUCUUCCGAUGAUUAUGAGAACUAA